AUCGUCCCAACUAACAAGUAAUUAGUGCUAUCGCAGCAUUAAAGUAUCGACUGCUAACUGAUCAUGGUGGAGUGGACUGAUGCUGAGCGCAAGGCCAUCAAAGCCGUAUGGGGGAAAAUAAAUGUGGAUGUGACUGGGCCCCAGGCUUUGGCAAGAUGUCUCGUCGUGUACCCUUGGACUCAACGCUACUUUGGCUCCUUCGGGUCCUUGAGUGACACCGCGUCCAUUAUGGGUAACAAAAAAGUGGCUGCCCACGGCAAGGUUGUGCUCAACGGACUCAGAAAAGCGGUGGAGAACAUGGACGAUAUCAAGAAUACCUACGCGGCCCUGAGCGUGUUGCACUCCGAAAAGCUUCACGUGGAUCCGGACAACUUCAGGCUCCUCGGUGACUGCUUGACCAUUGUCGUGGCUUCCCAGCUCGGGCGUGCCUUCAAUCCGGACGUUCAGGCAGCAUGGCAGAAGUUUCUGGCAGUUGUAGUCUCUGCCCUUGGAAAACAAUACCAUUAAUUCGAUAGUUAAUGUCUUGUUUUAAAAGCUGCACGGAAUGUGCAUCUUCCAAAUAAUGCAUGAGCAUCUUCCAAUAAUAAAAGCAUAAACAAUUCUGA